UGUUAUAACCGGAAGUGUCUUUUAAGGAAGUAUACAAUGGUUGAAGAAUAUCUAAAUAUCAUUUCUUAGCAAAAUCUGUCUUAUAAAACAGCAAAGAUGUCUCGAGGAAUGAUGCCAAGCCAGCAGAAGCUGGCAGAAAAGCUAACUAUCAUGAACGAGCGAGGUCGUGGAAUGCUAACACGCAUUUACAAUAUCAAAAAGAUGCUUGGUAAUCCAGAAAAUAAGCCAUCGUUUUUAUCAGAAAAAUCAUUGGAGGCUGUAUUCAAACACCUGGCAAAGAAAUUUCCAAACAUUGAUUCCAAAUCAUCAACGUUAUCUCCAAUCCAAAACAUCAAAGCAGAUGUGGUCAAAUCUUUGUCACUGUAUUACUAUACAUUUGUUGAUAUCAUGGACUUAAAGGACCAUGUUACAGAUUUACUGACCACUAUUGAUGCUUGCCAAGUUCAUUUGGACAUUGCCUUGAACUAUGACCUGACCAAGCAAUACCUUGACCUUAUGACAACCUAUGUGUCAAUCAUGGUUCUGGUGUCUAAAGUUGAUGACAGAAGAUUAGUAUUAUCUCUGUUUAAUGUAGCACAUGAAUUCCUUCAUGGUGCAGGUGAUACCUCCUUUCCCAGACUUGGACAAAUGGUGCAGGAUUACGAUCAUCCAAUGAAGAAAAUGUCAGAGGAAUUUGUACCUCAUUCAAGGGUUUUGAUCCCAGCCAUUAUGUCACUACAUGUAAUUUAUCCCAAACGGAAUUUAACAGCAGAGCUGAUGAGAUCUACACAGAUGUUAAGUUUGUUAGCAGAACCUGCUAAAAUAAUGAACAGUCCCAUUACAGAUAUGGUUCAGUGCGAAUAUCUGUCCCAAGAUGUAAUGGAAAAAUGGAUAAUUUUUGGAUUGAUGUUAUGUUACCAGUAUUUACAAGAAGCUAAGGCCUGGGAUCUCUGGAAACAAGUAUUACAGUCAGGGUAUAUUGUACAGCUGUGUAGAGAUGAGGUGUUACACAUACAUGGAUUCAUUGUAUCAUUCUUUGAAACAAUUAAAGGACACAAUAUGAAGAAGAAAAUAGAUGAUGUUAGAGAAUUCCAACAUAGUGCAUUACAAACAUCGCCAGGAAUACACAAGGAGAGAAGAAAAUUUCUAAGAUCUGCAUUAAGAGAACUGACACAGAUAUAUGCUGAUCAACCAGGUCUUCUUGGACCAAAGGCUUUGUAUGUAUGGCAAGGUUUGUCCAUCACAAGAGAUGAAAUUCACUGGUUACUAAGACACUUUGAUAAUCCUCCAUCUAAAAGACACAACAUUAAAUUGUCACAAGAAGAUUUUGUUGACAGACAAUUACCAGAGUUGUUGUUUUACAUGGAAGAAUUAAGAGGUUUAGUGAAGAAAUACAACCAAGUUUUACAGAGAUAUUUUGUGCAAUAUUUGUCUGGUUAUGACUCUGUCUUGUUAAAUCAACUUAUACAGAAUUUAGCAGUCUGUCCAGAAGACGAAUCCAUUAUUUUAUCAUCAUUAUAUAAUACUGUUGCAUCAUUAACCGUUAAACAAGUUGAGGAAAAUGUACUAUUUGACUUUAGAGGAAUCAGACUGGAUUGGUUCAGGCUUCAGGCAUAUACAAGUGUAGGAAAAGCAGCCUUGAUACUGAAGGAUCAUAUAGAUAUUGCCAAACACAUGAACACUAUUUGCUUCCAUACAAAGAUGGUGGAUUACUUAGAUCAAAUGUUGGUGGAAACUUCAGAUUUAUCAAUAUAUUGCUUUUAUACUCAGAUUUAUGAACACCAGUUCAAACAAUGUAUGGAAUUCCCAGCACAGCAUAGAUUCAGUAUAGUCUUCCCUAUGAUCUGUGCACAUUUUAUGAACGCAACACAUGAACUUUGUCCUGAAGAGAGACAUUCUAUAGGUACUACUAGUGUCCAGUAUACACACUGGUUCCUGAAGGAGAUGUCAGAUGAGGUAAACCAGGUGAUAACAGCUAUUUGUGAAGAACAGUGUAUGCUCAGUGACAAGUUACUACCAAAACAUAGUGCAGAUACCAUUAUACAGACUGCACAGAAGAAAAGACCACAGGAUAAAAAGAAAAAAACUGUUGCAGAACCUAUAAAACCAGGACAAGAGAGUGCUCGGAAAAACAGAGAAGUCUUUACAAGAAUGGAUAAACUACACAUGGCUUUGACUGAAUUAUGUUAUGCUAUAAACUACUGCAAUGUGAUACAAGUAUGGGAGCAUGGAUUUGUACCGAGGGAAUUCUUCUUACAACACUUAGAAACAAGAUUUAAUAAAGCUUUAGUUGGUAUGAUGAUGUACAAUCCAGACACAUCAGAGAUAGCAAAACCAUCAGAAUUACUGAAUAGUGUUAAAUCAGUCAUGAAUGUCCUGCAGGGACUGGAAAAUUAUGUAAACAUAGACAUAGCUAGAAUCUUUAACAGUGUAUUACCACAACAAACACAGCAUAUAGAUAGCUUUACUGGAGAGAAAACAAUCACAGCUAAUUAUACAAACUGGUAUCUUGAAGUAUUAUUACGGAGAGUGACAGUAAAUGCAGGCCAGAAUCCAGUCAUAUUUUCACCUAACCAUAAGGCCUUUGUCAGUAUACAGACAGAUGGGAACCAGUUCUUUGCUGCUGAGGAAUAUGCAGAUUUGACAGAGUUAAGGGCUUUGGCUGAGCUGAUUGGUCCAUAUGGUAUGAAGUAUAUGGGAGAGAGGCUGAUGAACCAUGUUGCUAGCCAGGUUGAUGAACUGAAAAAAUUAGUUGUUGGUAACAAAGAGGUUUUACAGAAACUGAGAACUAACUACGACAAACCAGAAGUAAUGAGAGACUUGUACAGGCAGUUAACAAGACCCAAGCAAUCAGCAAAUACGAAAAAUACAUCUUCAGAUGUUGACAGUGUGUUACUAAGGAUGACUAUUAUUGGAGUAUUGUUAUCAUUCAGACAGCUCGCACAGGAAGCUCUCAUAGAUGUCCUGGAAGACAGAAUUCCAUUCCUAAUGGCAUCAGUCAAAGACUUACAACAUUUUGUGCCAAGUACCAAAGAUCUGAAGCAUUCUUCAAUGAAACAACAGGUGGUAAAUGAGAUGUCGUCUGCGUCAGGUUUAUCAUGUGAUGUUGAUCCAACCCUGAUUAAUGCACUGAGACAACAGAAGAGUGAACGACGAGAGAAUGAAUAUGAAGUAGCCUGUUUAUUGAUGGUGUUUGUAGCUGUAGCCAUUCCCAAGCUGGCCAGACAAGACUCAUCUGUAUAUAAAGCAUCACUGGAAGGAAAUGUGAAUAAUUGUCACUGCUUGGCUUUAGCUGUUAACCAGUUGGCUGGUGCUCUGUUCUCUAUUCAUGGACCAGGUGAUGUUCAUGACCGGUUACAGGAAUUCUUAGCUCUGGCAUCUUCUAGUUUAUUAAGACUGGGUCAAGAAAAUGAUAAAGAGGCUGUAAAAAAUAGAGAAUCUGUCUAUAUAUUACUUGAUAAGAUCGUCACAGAAUCUCCAUUUUUAACCAUGGAUCUGUUAGAGUCAUGUUUUCCUUAUGCACUUUUAAGGAAUGCUUACCACUCUGUGUAUAAAGCUUCAGCCGCUGACGUAUAAAAA